UUCUACUUCAACAGAUUUUUUAUAAACAGAAUAAUCAUUAAAAUCACGGAUGAAAUGUAAACGUCAUUUUGGUGUAGCUUUUCUGAACAUACAAAAGAAUGUGGUAAUUCUUCAAAAUGGUUGCUUUGUAUGGUUUGCCAACUUGCAUGUCUGUGUUUCAGAGUUCUUUGUUUUCUUAGUUCGGUUAUUUUUUGUAACAUUCAAGGAAAAGUAAUACUUUUUUCUUCAUCAUUAGAAUAAAGUUCAAAUAAUUACUUUUGCAAUCCAAGCCUGUGGUGUGUGAGAAAGAUGUCAUCGGUAAUGUGAGAGCUUUCGACGAUCAUUUUUAUUUUAUGGAAUUAUGACGUUUGUGAUUCUCUUUUGGAAUAUAAUCGAGUGAAAAACAUCAGAGUUAUUCGUCAUCAAUUCUCAUAAAUUCGGAAGUGUAAACAUGUGGUUUUGAAUCAAAAGUGGGACUGAGAAGACCAGUGUUGACAUUGAAAUAUCCCAGUGAGCUUAUUACUGUUCAAGGCAUUAAGUGUAAACAAGUUGCAAAUGCGAACGGUGACUGAUCGGUGUGGAGGGUGGGGUGUGCUCGUGUGAUGGGAGGGGUGGGGUAAGCCGUGAGGCGCUCGGGCGCGGGCGCCAUGAACCCGCCGGCGCCCGGCAAGACGGCCACGCGCUCCUCCGGGUACAACCAGAAAGCGCUUGCCGAAAUCAGAAACUCCUUGCUUCCAUUUGCUAAUAUUGGAAGCUCCGAGCCUCCUGGAUCGUCAGCGGCAAGCACUGUUAGUUCUGGGGUCAGUUCCGGCUUCAGUUCGUCGUCCGGGAAUGGAUUAGACAAGGACUUAAAUGUGCUACCACAGUCUCUUAACCAACUACUUGCUUUGGGAUAUGAUGAGGAUUCUGCGGUGAGAGCACUAAAAUUUAACAGCGGACGUUUCGAGGCGGCACUGGAUUAUCUGUCCAAGCAGCAGGAGCCCCUCAACGGUAUCCUAAAAACGAGCGCGCUCAGCACCAAGUUGAUAAGGAAACCGAGCCUCGAGCGAGACCUGCACCGCGGCAGCCCCGCGCUCGACUCGGGCGCCGGCAGCUCGCGCUCCGACAGCCCGCGCCAGCCCGACGCGCCGCACGACAAGCUGUGCCGCCAGUACUCGCCCUCCGCCUUCGCCGAGCCGCCGCCGCCGCCGCCGCCGCGAUGCCCGUCCACGCCGCCCGUGCCGCCCUCCGUGCAGCAGCUCAUGAAGCGCAUGUCGCCCGCGCCGCCGCUGCCGCCCGCGCGCGGCACCAGCCCCGUGGCCGCCGCGCCCGCGCCGCCCGCGCGCGCGCCCAUGGUCGUGCAGAACGGCCCGCAGGCGCAGCAGCAGCUGUCGCAGCAGAUGCAGGCGCUCGCGCUGUACCAGGCCGGCGCCGCCGCCGAGCUGCCGCCGCCCUACCCGCUGGCCGGCGUGCCGCCGCCGCCCUCCUACUCCGUCUCCAUGCAGAACCGCCAGAGCCCCCCGCAGUCGCAGGACUACCGCAAGAGCCCCUCGUCCGGCGUCUACUCCGGCGGCACCUCCGCCGGCUCGCCGAGCCCGAUCACGGUCACGCAGUCCGCCGGCUCCGCCUCGGGCGUCGCCCGCCCGACGCCGAUCCAGGCGUGGACCGCGAGGCAGGCCGUGCAGCCGCCGAUCAUCAUGCAGUCCGUGAAGAGCACGCAGGUGCAGAAGCCCGUGCUGCAGACGGCGAUCGCGCCGGUCGCGCCGCCGCCGGUCGCCGGCUCGCCGGCGCAGCCGCCGCCGCCCUCGUACGCCAGCUCCAUCCAGCAGAAGCAGCAGCAGACGCCGCCGAGCUACCCGCUGGCGCCGAAGCCGUCGUCGCCGGGCUCCACGCCGCCCGCCGCGCCGGCCGCGCCGCCCGCCGUGCCCACCACGGAGCCGCCGAGCUACGCGAUCACGAUGCAGGCGCUGGCCGUGCAGCGCGGCAUGCAGCCGAUCCCGCCGCCGCCGUACGGCAGCCAAAACGAGAACACGACCACGGUCAACUCCCACCACUCUCCUUUGCAUAAAAAGUUCUCGAACAGGGAGACGUCGCAGGGUUUCGAAAUCAAGUGUCCGAAUCAGAACUGUACGAAUAAUUUACUGAAAGACACGUGCGCCGCCUCGGGGUCCGACAAGAGCUCGAACGGCUCGUCGGAACGUCGAACGAAGGGCCUGGAAAAGAUCAGGCAUCAGUCGCCGAUUCCGGAACGAAAGAACAUCAGCAAAGAGAAGGAGGACGAGAGGAGAGAUUGCAAAGUUAGAAAUUACUCGCCCCAGGCGUUUAAAUUUUUCAUGGAACAGCACGUGGAGAACAUUCUGAAGUCGUACAAGCAGAGGACGUUCCGGCGCAUGCAGCUGGAGAAGGAGAUGAACAAGAUCGGGCUGAGCGCGGAGGCGCAGUGCCAGAUGCGCAAGAUGCUGUCGCAGAAGGAGUCCAACUACAUCCGGCUGAAGCGAGCGAAGAUGGACAAGUCGAUGUUCACGAAGAUCAAGCCGAUCGGCGUAGGCGCUUUCGGGGAAGUGACGCUCGUGCGGAAGAUCGACACCAGUCACCUGUACGCCAUGAAGACGCUGCGCAAGGCGGACGUGCUGAAGCGCAACCAGGUGGCGCACGUGAAGGCGGAGCGGGACAUCCUGGCCGAGGCCGACAACGAGUGGGUGGUGAAGCUGUACUACAGCUUCCAGGACAAGGACAACCUGUACUUCGUCAUGGACUACAUCCCGGGCGGCGACCUCAUGUCGCUGCUCAUCAAGAUGGGCAUCUUCGAGGAGGAGCUGGCGCGCUUCUACAUCGCCGAGCUGACGUGCGCCGUGGAGAGCGUGCACAAGAUGGGCUUCAUCCACCGCGACAUCAAGCCCGACAACAUCCUCAUCGACCGCGACGGCCACAUCAAGCUCACUGACUUCGGCCUGUGCACGGGCUUCCGGUGGACGCACAACUCGAAGUACUAUCAGAGAAACGACCACGGGCGGCAGGAUUCAAUGGACCCAGUAGAAGGCGAGUGGGGCGCAGAGUGCCGCUGUGCGCAGCCGCAGCAACAGCAGCUGAAGCCGUUGGAAAGACGGCGCAAGCGCGAGCACCAGCGCUGCCUGGCGCACUCGCUGGUGGGCACGCCCAACUACAUCGCACCCGAGGUGCUCCAGCGUACGGGCUACACGCAGCUGUGCGACUGGUGGUCCGUCGGCGUCAUCCUCUACGAGAUGCUGGUCGGCUCGCCGCCCUUCCUGGCCGCCACGCCGCAGGAGACGCAGCUCAAGGUGAUAAACUGGGAGAAAACCCUGCACAUCCCGGACGCGGCGAACCUGUCGCGCGAGAGCAAGGACCUGAUCCUGAAGCUGUGCUCGGGCCAGAGCACGCGCCUCGGCAACCACGCGGGCGAGCUCAAGGCGCACCCCUUCCUGCAGCCCAUCGACUUCGAGCGCGGCCUGCGGCGCCAGCCCGCGCCCUACAUCCCGCGCAUCGACUACCCCACCGACACCUCCAACUUCGACCCCAUCGACCCCGACAAGCUGCGCAACUCCGCCUCCUCCGACUCCAACAAGUCCGACUCCGAACUCCUCGACAACGGAAAGACCUUCCACGGCUUCUUCGAGUUCACCUUCCGACGCUUCUUCGACGAGGGCUUCACCAACAAAAUCAACCUCGACGACGGCGACGCGCAGGGACCCGUCUACGUCUGACGUAUCGAGUGUGACCCGCGUGUGCCUUGACUCUCUCUAUCGAAACGUUAGUCUUGUAAACGUAACGAACGUGACGUAUUUAAAAUUUAAUUAAACCGUACUGUUAAUGAUCCCGGUGAUAAUGUUGUAAUAUUGUAUCGUUAUGUAUUUGUAAGAGUAAUCUUAUUUCAUUGUAAUAUAUGUGACGGAUGGACGCGAGAAUACGUCAAUGGUGCUGCCCGCUCUCGGCGGAUCUAGUGUUGUUCCAUUCAUGUAUACUAUUUUUGUAGAGAAAUUAUUUAUGAGAUAAGAACAAGCUUACUUGAAUUAGCGAAUGAUUUGAUAUUGUCACUAUAUUUUCUUAUGUAUUUAUCGAGGUAGGUCGCUUAAUGUGUGUUGUUUAUAUAAUUGUAAAACGUAAUUUAUGAAGACGCCUACGAUGCGUGCCGGCAGCGGCGAGCAGUGAUACUGUGCUUCCGAGCCUUCGCGUGCCUUACUUAGUACUGGUGUAUCUGGUCACCACACUAGAGCAGGUUUUUAUAACUCGACUUUUGUAGAGAGUGCAAUACAUAUUUAUUAACAUGAAUCGAUCACAUUGUUGAUGCGUAUUUUAUUUUUUGACUUCGGUUGAAGGUUUUAGAUGAGCUCCAAAUUCAUAACAAUAUCAACGUUUUCCAAAUUUGUGAUUAUGUGAUCAGAUGGCGUGACAUCGGCCAUUAUUUCCAGGAAAUUUGAACCGUAGACUACUGAUACGUUGAUGGCUUGAACUGCCUGGAAAUAGAGGAAAUAAACGCCCGCAGUUGAUUGUUUUUACUGCAAAGUAAUCAGGCUUAUAACUUUAAUUAAAUGUAACUUUUGGCAAAAUGUAAAUCUUAUUAAUUACAAAAAGGUACAGUUGGUACAUAUCUACUUAUUUAUUAAUUGUAUAGCAUUUGAACAAUAAUUAAGUAUAUUGCCGCGGGAUAUAUUCGUCAGAGAGCACUACGUGCCUGAUUAGUGUCAUAACUAGCACAGGGCGAUAUCAAAGAUCGUUUCGUUAUAUGAACAAUAUUUAUUUUAAUAGUAAAUG